AUCUCACAUAUAAAAAAUGACUGACAUUUCUUUACAAACUGCUGAUUUAAACAUGUCUCCAGAUAUAAUUAUGGGAACUUUGCAACAAUUAAGUAAAGUUCAGCAAUGUCUUUCAGCUUCACUUAACAGCAUUAAUUGUCAUGAAAAAUGUGAAGCGUCCAGUUUUACUGCAAUACAAGAAACAGAAUACAACAAAUGUCAAAAUGAAAAUGUUGAACAAGAGGUCAAAAUAGAGAAGAGUUUACAUACAUAUAGUAAGCAAGAGCGUGCAAAGAUGCUGGCUGAUGGUUACUCUUUUGAAAGGCAUAUGCUUGACAGAUUGUGGACAUUUUGUGGAUUAAUAUCAAUGUUUAUAUUAACAGUACAGUUGGUUUGCAGAUUUGACCCUACAGAUGUUGUUGGCAUAGUUAUAGCAUUAGUGCUGGGCGUACUAGUUACUGAUUUUGCUUCCGGUCUAGUUCAUUGGGGAGCUGACACAUACGGAGCAGUUGACUUACCCAUUAUUGGAAAGUCUUUUAUUCGGCCAUUCCGUGAACAUCACGUGGAUCCAACAGCAAUGACAAGACAUGAUUUCUUUGAAACAAAUGGGAAUAAUUUUAUGUUGAUUGUUCCAUUUGCUGUUAGAUUUAUUUAUAAAGGUUUUACACUCAGUGAACAUUUAUUACGGGAGCAUUAUCGAUUUGAUUUGUUCGCAUAUUCACUUAUGUGUUUUGUUAUAAUGACCAAUCAAAUUCACAAAUGGGCGCACACGUAUUAUGGUCUACCAAAAUAUAUUGAAUUUUUGCAAAAAUGGCAUUUGAUUUUGCCACGCAAGCAUCAUAGAAUACACCAUGUUGCUCCUCACGAAACAUAUUUCUGCAUCACAACAGGUUGGCUUAACUAUCCGCUGGAAAAAAUUAGCUUUUUCCCAACUUUCGAAAAAUUGAUUGAAGCGUUGACGGGUAUACCACCACGACGUGAUGACAUGAAAUGGGCUGGUAAAAAGGUUGAAUGAUGUUUUUCUAAAUAAAAUUUAAAAAUGUUUGAAAAUAGAAUCGAUUUGUUGUAUAAGUCUACUGCUCUCCUGCUCAUCGAUGUGAAUGUAUAUAUGUUAAAACAAAUGAUGAAGUUAGACGUUUAACCUAAAUUAUUGCAAAUUUUACUUUAUAUCUCCCUAAUUUACUUUAUAUCUCCCUAAUUGUUAUUAGACUUUUAAUUUUGUGACAUAGUUGAACUAGAUGUUAGAAUUAUUAUCUCUUAUUUAUCAAUUCUUGUAACAAAAUGUCUCUUAAUUUUGUUAUUAUUAUAUAACACGCUCCAUAUUUUUAUAUUUUGUGACAAGUAAUUGACUAAAAUUUUCCUAAAUUGUUGAAAUUUUUAUUUAUAAUUUUUUUUUAUUUGUUUUUUUAAUUUUUUAUUUGGCAGUUAUAGUUAUAAUGCUUUUAAAUUUUGAAUAUUCAAGAUAUUUAGAAAAAUACAAAAAAAUUAAAAAAUCAAAAAUAACUAAACAAUUUUUUUUAUUUUUUGGUUGAACGCAUGUAUGAUUUUUUAGACGAUAUACAAGAACUUGGACAUGUGAA